AUCUCUGGGACUGUUAUGGGUGGGAGCAAGAACAAAGCGCCCCAGUGCAGGGCGAGACCUGGGAGGCCAGCCUCAGGGGAGCAGGAGUCCGGAUCGGCUAGUGCUGAUAGCGCACUUAGCCAGGACCACCGACCUGGCCGUGGCAAAGCCCUGCGGGCGAGACCCUCCAAGGAGCCCGACACCGCGGGGGACAAGAGACUCGCUAGUGGCCACAGGAAGCCGGCCACAGACGGGAACGGUGGCUGCAGAAAGCCAGGUGCUGAGCCGCCACCGGAGGCACAGGAGAGGCAAGGCAGCACGCGGCAUAGGGGAUCCGGGCCCUUGGAGAGUCACCGACCAGGGGACAGCCGUGGGGAGCGCCAGGAUGAGGAGAGUCUACCGAAAGAAGAGGGUACAGCCCAGCGCCGCCGUCGCCGCAAGAGGAAAGGAAAAGGGCAGGGACCCUUGGUUCAGCCCGGCCGCCGAGAGGCUCGGAGCCGCGAAAGUGAACCAUCGGGAGGGGACCGAGGCAGCUCUUGCCGGGACAGCGAAGCUCAAGAGUCCCAGGAGACGAGCAGCCAGGGCAAGGGGGCCUUGCAGCUGCGGACUAAGUCAGAGCCAACGGAAACGGGCCCGGAAGGGAACAAAAUAUGGCCAGAGUCAGCGCUGCAUCCAGGCGAAUGCCAGACCAGCAGCAGUCAGGGCAGUGACGAACCCUCAGCUCAGCUUCUGCAUGAGGAAGUGUCGUCGGGGACAGGGCCCCAGGGAGCGAGUGAGGAUUCUGGGACAAAUACGGACUUGAGUCCGGAGGGGACCGGGCCUGGACCGCGCCCACCGGCACCCCUGGGGACAGCAAGAUGGGUCCCUGAUGCCCAAGAGAUCGACCUGGGUGGAAAAGCCCCGGCAUGCAGCUCCCUCGAGCGCAGUUGUGCGCACGUCCCUGGGAGCUCGUGGGAUUCUCGAGACCCCAUGUUUUCUCCGGACUCAAGUGAAGGCUGGGCGCAGCAGGAGGCGGAGCUGCAGGACGCCCAGCCUGAAACAGUCGAGGCCUCUGCGGCCCGGGCUCAGCGCCUCCAGACUGGAAAGGUGGUGGGGAAGUUGCAGGGGGCAGAGGACCAGAGCGAAGCGGCGUCGGAAAAGGGAGCAGGUCCAGAGGACCCAGCGCCACUGGCCACCCUCACGGUGCUCCGUAAGCUCCGCGCGAGGCCCACUCCAGGCCCCUCUCCCCAGGCCUCAGGGUCGGGUGGCGCGGGCCUCAAGGAGCGCCUUCUGCGUGUGGUUCGGGCCCUGAGCCUGCUGCAGUGGUUGCUGCGGCGGCUACGGCAGCCUCGGGCCCGGGAGCCUGGGGCGGAGCCUCGGGAGGGCGAGGGGCGGGGCCGCGGGCCUGGACGGAGGCGCCGUCUAGCGUUGCGCCUGGCGGGCUUAGCGGGGUUGAGAGCAUCGCCGAGGCCUCCACCUGGCGGUGGCAGGAGCCCUCCACACGGCCGGGAUAGCCCGGCCCCGGAGGACCCUUCCGACGAUGAGGACCCCACUCCGGAUCCCAAGUUCGCAGUCGUGUUCCCCAGGAUGCACACGGAGGGGAGGGCUUCGAGCAGCGGGAGCUCAGGGGAAGUGUCCGCGGACGCCCACACCGGGGAGGCUGCCGGGGAGAGUGAGAGGCACGUGGCGAGUGGAGAAGGAGCGGACGGGCCCCGCCCCGCCGUCUUGCUCGCGCAGACUCCCCCCGACUCGACUCCACUCGAGGAGAACGGCUCCAGCAGCGAAGCGGAGCCAGAGACCUUGGAAGCCGAGACCCCGGUGCACUGGGCGCGGGACUCAGGCCCCUACCAGGACCCUGGGUUGGGCACCAACGUGCUGCUGCCCCGACUCACCUUGGAGACCCGCCUGGAGCGCGACAGGAGCUCCUGCUGGUCCCUGAGGGAGCAGUGGGAGCCGGAGGAUGAGGCCGAGGCAGCGCUGGAGAGGGACCUGGAGAUGAGCCUUGGGCCUGACCUGAAGGCAUCCUUCCUGGGUACUGAGGGUAGGGGCCUCAGAGACGGCCUGGAAGACACUGAGGACCUGGCCCGGCUGGGGUUGGUGUGCGACAGCUCUGUGCUGCUGUGCCUCAAGAAGAGGUUUCACCUGGGCCGCAUCUAUACAUUUGGGGGGCCCCUCCUGGUGGCUCUGAAUCCCCACCAGCCCCUGCCUCUCUUCUCAUCUGAGAUCUUAACCAGCUACCACCCUGGGAAGGCCCCCAAUACCACCCCACACGUAUUUGCCAUCGUGGCAGCAGCCUAUAGCCUAUUUAAGAGCACUGGGCAGGACCCCUGCAUCCUCCUCAGUGGGCGCAGUGGCUCAGGGAAAACAGAAGCUGCCAAGAAGAUUGUGCGGUUCCUGCGCAGCCUGGAGCAGCAGCAGACAAGGGACAGAGGGUGCCAGCUGGAUGAUGUGCUGCCUGUGCUCAGCAGCUUUGGCCAUGCCAAGACUCUCCUCAAUGCCAACGCCAGCCGCUUUGGCCAGGCCUUAUGCUUCUGCCUGCAGCGUGGUGUCAUUGUGGGAGCCUCUGUGUCACAUUAUCUGCUUGAGACCUCCAGAGUGGUAUUCCAGGUAAGGGUGCCCUCCUGUCUACCCCUUCCCAAUUCCCAAAGUGAGGGGGCCGUGCCUCCAGGCAUCGUUCCACCUACGCCCGUCUUCCCAAAGGCCCAGGCUGAGCGGAGCUUCCAUGUUUUUUACGAGCUGCUGGCGGGGUUGGAUCUCAUGGAGCAGGAGCAGCUCUCCCUGCAAGGACCAGAAACCUACUACUACCUCAACCAGGGCCAGGCCUGCAGCCUCCAGGGCAAGGAUGAUGCCCUGGACUUCAGAGGGCUAGAGAAGGCCCUGCAGGUGCUCGGCUUGGGCCCCGAGGAAUUGACUGCAAUCUGGGCCGUGCUGGCCACUGUCCUGCACCUGGGAAACAUCUGCUUUUCUUCUUCAGAGUGGGAGUCCCAGGAGGUAGCUUCUGUGUCCAGCUGGGCUGAGAUCCACACAGCAGCCCGGUUACUCCGGGUGCCACCAGAGCGCCUGGAAGGGGCUGUCACCAGGAGAGUCACGGAAACGUCCUAUGGCCAGGUCUCCAGAUCCUUGCCCGUGGAAAGUGCCAUCGAUGCCAGGGAUGCCCUGGCCAAGGCCCUGUACUCACAGCUCUUCAGCUGGCUUUUGAGGAGGAUCAACUGGCAGCUGGCACCACCUGAGGAGGAAGGCAGCAUGGGCACCAUCACUGUUGUGGACGCCUAUGGCUUUGAGGCGCUGCGGGUGAACAGCCUGGAGCAGCUGUGCAACAACCUCGCCAGCGAGCACCUGCAGCUCUUCUGCAGCCGAGUGCUGCUGGCCCAGGAGGAGGAGGAGUGUCGGCGGGAGCUGCUGCCCUGGGUGCCCCUCCUUCAGCCUUUGAGGGAGUCCUGCCUGGACCUCCUAGUAGACCAUCCCCACAGCCUCCUGAGGAUCCUGGAUGCCCAGACCUGGCUGUCCCAGGCCACAGACCACACCUUCCUCCAGAAGUGCCACUAUCACCAUGGUGAUCACCCAAGCUACGCCAAGCCUCAGCUGCCCCUGCCCAUCUUCACAGUGCGGCACUACGCUGGGACAGUCACCUACCAGGUCCACAAGUUCUUGAACAGAAACUGGGACCACCUGGACGCUGCCGUGGUGGGAAUGCUUGCUCAGAGCCAGCUCCAGCUGGUACGCAGCCUGUUCCAGGAAGCAGAGCCCUGGGCUGGAGGAGGGCCAGGCCAAUCCACGCUGACCUCUCGCUUCCAGAAGUCCCUAGGAGACCUCCUAGCCCGGCUGGGCAGGAGCCACAUCUAUUUCAUCCAGUGCCUUGACCCCAACCCUGGAAAGAUCCCAGGCCUCUUUGAUGUGGGACAUGUGGCAGAGCAGCUGCACCAGGCGGGCAUCCUGGAGGCCAUAGGCACCCGCAGUGCCCACUUCCCUGUGCGCAUGCCCUUCCAGGCAUUCCUGGCCAGGUUCCAGGCCCUGGGGAAGGAAGGACAGGAGGACUCCGAUCGGGACAGGUGUGGUGCCAUCCUCUGUCAGGUGCUGGGGGCUGAGUCACCAUUCUAUCACCUCGGGGCCACUAAGGUCCUGCUGCAGGAGAGGGGCUGGCAGCAGCUGGAGAGGCUGUGGGCGCAGAGGCGCACCCAGGCUCCUCUGUUCACCCUGCACCGGGGCCUCCGUGCCCGAGUCUCCCGCCAGCGCCUCCGCCUCCUGCCCCGGAUACAGGCUCGUGUGCUCGGGGUCCAGGCCAGAAAGCGGUACCUCCGGCGUCGAGUGGCUCUGGGACAGCUGAACACCAUCCUCCUUGUGGUCCAGCCCCUGUGCCAGAGACGGCAGAGGCUGCAGGGCAAUCUGGGACCUGGGAGUCUACUGUCUUCUUUCUUGCCUGGAGUCUCUUCCAUUCCCUCUGUCCCUCCCGUGGGCCCCUUGUUCUCCCCCUCUUGUCAGUGCCCACAUAGUGCCUCCCUCCCUGGCGCCUCCCUGGCUGAACUUUGUCCUCUGGGACCAUUUCUUCCCGUCUUCCUGUCCUCUUCCCUGAGUCCUGGCAGACGGGCAGUGACGUGCACAGUGAGGAGGCAGCUUGGCCAGCCGCGUGGCCAGUGUGGUCGGCACAGUGGUGGGGCCUUGGAGAAAGCGUCAAGCAUGGAGCUGGGGCGUUUGGAGAUCCCAGCUGAGCUGGCCUCCAUGCUGAAGAGAGCAGAAGGUCACCAGGAUGCCCUGGCUGGAAGCAUCACCGAGUCCAUGCCUCCUGAGGUUCCUGCCCGGCCCAGACUGACCCUCCCCCGGGACAUUGACCAAUUCCCCUUCUCCAGUUUCAUCGCUAGCAGCUUCCAGGAGCCAUCCCUGCCCAGUCCAGGGCAGCUGCUGGCCAAGCCCCUGACCCAGCUGGAUGGUGAGAACCCCCAACUUGCUCUGGACAUCAACAAGGUGAUGCUGCGGUUCCUGGGAGACGGGUCCCUGCAGUCCUGGCAGGAGCAGACCGUGGGUACCUACCUGGUGAGGCAGGGGCAGCGCCGGCCAGGGCUGCGGAAUGAGCUCUUCAGCCAGCUCGUGUCCCAGCUCUGGCAGAACCCUGACGAGCAACCGAGCCAGCGCGGCUGGGCCCUCAUGGCUGUCCUGCUCAGCGCCUUCCCCCCAAUGCCCGCCCUGCAGAAGCCACUGCUCAAAUUCGUUUCGGACCAGGCCCCCCAGGGCAUGGCGGCAGUAUGCCAACACAAGCUGCUGGGAGCCCUGGAGCAGACACCGCUGGCCCCUGGGGCUGCACGGGCCCACGCGCCCACCCAGCUCGAGUGGAAGGCAGGAUGGCGGAGGGGCCGCAUGGCGCUGGAUGUCUUCACCUUCAAUGAGGAGUGCUAUUCGGCCGAGGUGGAGUCCUGGACCACAGGGGAGCAAUUUGCCGGGUGGAUCCUACAGAGCAGAGGCCUGGAUGUGCCCCCUCGAGGCUGGUCUGUGUCACUACACUCUGGGGAUGCUUGGCAGGACUUGGCUGGCUGUGACUUUGUGCUGGACCUGAUUGGCCAGAUGGAGGACCCUGGGGACCCAGCAGGUCCCCGCAGCUACCCCAUCACCCCCACUGGCUUAGCCGAGAACAUUCCCCCUGCCCCUGGUGUCCAGGCCCCCUCACUGCCUCCAGGCCCGCCUCCAGGCCCACCUCCAGGUCCAGCCCCAGCACUGCCCAGCAGAGGCCACACAGGGGAGGCCCGGACAUCGGGGAGCCUGGAUGGCUUCCUGGACCACAUCUUUGAGCCUGUCCUUGCCCCAGGCCUCAGUGAUCUGGAACAAGGCUGGGCUCUGAACAGCCGCAUGAAGGGAGGGGGUGCCAUCGGGCCCAUGCAGCAGGGCUACCCCAUGGUGUACACAGGGAUGAUGCAAAUGCCUGGAUACCAGCCAGCUAUGAUGCCUCCACCAAUGCCCAUGAUGCCGGCGGUGGGCACAGUCCCCACCAUGCCAGCCAUGAUAGUGCCAUCGCAGCCACAGCCGCAGCCACAGCCCCUGCUUCCCAGCCUGGACACAAGGCAGCUGGCAAUCCAGCAGCAGAACUUCAUCAACCAGCAGGCGCUGAUCCUGGCCCAACAGAUGACCACCCAGGCCAUGAGCCUGUCCCUGGAGCAGCAGAACCAGCAGCGCCAACGCCAAGCCCAGGCCUCUGGGGCUGCCUCCCAGGCCCCGCCCUCAGCUGUCACUCCCAAGCCCAAGAAGCCCCCUGUUCCCCUAGAGAAGCCAGAGCAUGACCUGGAAGCAGGAGGGGCCUGCUUGAGGGAGACCUCAGAGGAGGCUGAAGACAGGCCCCAGCGCCCUAAGAGCUUCCAGCAGAAACGGGACUAUUUCCAGAAGAUGGGACAGCAGCAGAUCAAGGUGAAAAUGGUGAAGCCUCCAGCCAAGGUCCAGAUCCCCCAGGGGGAGGAGACGGAGGAAAAAGAAGAGGAAACAGGAACAGUGCUGUCCCCUUCUUCCCCUCCUCCUCCUGUCUCAGUGAAGAAGCCACUGAAACAAGGUGUAGCCAAAGCCGCAAAAGAGGCUGAGGCUGAGCCAGCUGAGGCAGCACAGCCAGCCCAGGGUGAAGGGCCCAUGGUGCGCAGCUUGGGCCCCACCCCGCAGCGGCCAGAACCCAGCAAGGAAAUUCGCAACAUCAUCCGCAUGUACCAGAGCCGCCCCAGCCCUGUGCCCGUGCCCGUGCAGCCAACCAGGCCCCUCAAAACUUUCCUGAAGAAAAAUGACCCUAAAGACGAGGCUCUGGCCAAGCUGGGGAUCAAUGGUGCCCACUCGCCCCCCUCAACUCUGUCCCCCAGCCUGGGGAAGGGCCCACCACCAGCUGUGGCUCCCCGACCCAAGGCCCAGCCACGGCUUGGGCCCUCCAACUCCAUCAAGGAAAAGCAGGGGCCCCUUCGGGAUCUGUUUGGCCUAAACCCUCCCACUGCCCAGGAACCCCUACUGCCACCAGCACCCCCACUGCCUUCAUCCGAGGAGCCCAGGACCCCUUUGGCAGAGCCUCGCGUCUUGUCAGAGCCCAUGGGGGACCGGGGCAUCUCCACCCAGCUCCUUGUGCCCUCUGGCAGUGUGUGCUUCUCCUAUGCCAGCGCCCCCUGGAAGUUGUUCCUACGCAAGGAGGUGUUCUACCCUCGGGAGAACUUCAGCCAUCCCUACUGCCUCCGGCUUCUCUGUGAGCAGAUCCUGAGGGACACCUUUGCUGAGUCCUGCAUCCGGAUCUCCCAGGACGAGCGGCACAAGAUGAAAGACCUGCUGGGAGACUUGGAGGUGGGCCUGGACUCCCUCGCCACUGUCGAAGACAGCGUCAAGAAGCGCAUUGUGGUGGCCGCACGGGACAACUGGGCCAAUUACUUUUCCCGCAUCUUCCCUGUCUCGGGCGAGAGUGGCAGCGACGUGCAGCUACUAGGUGUUUCUCACCGAGGGCUGAAACUGCUCAAGGUGACCCAAGGCCCCAGCUUUCACCUGGACCAGCUGAAGACACUCUGCUCAUACAGCUUUGCUGAGGUGCUGGGUGUGGAGUGCCAGGGCAGCUCCACCCUAGAACUGUCGCUGAAGAGCGAGCAGCUUGUGCUGCACACAGCCCGGGCCAGGGCCAUCAAGGCCUUAGUCGAUCAGUUCCUGGGUGAACUCAGGAAGGACUCCGGCUAUGUCAUCGCCCUGCGAAGUUACAUCACUGAUGAUCACAGCCUCCUAAGCUUCCACCGUGGGGACCUCAUCAAACUAUUGCCAGUGGCGGACCUAGAGCCAGGCUGGCAGUUUGGCUCUGCCGGGGGCCGAUCUGGACUCUUUCCUGCUGACAUGGUGCAGCCGGCUGCCGCUCCCUACCUUCCCUCCCCUGAGCAGAGGAACGGCUGGCGGCGCAAAAGUCAGCCUCAGCUGGGAGAGCCAGAUCCCACUCAAUGGGACAGGGCCUCGGAGCGCCCUGCUCACCCCUGGAGACAGGCACACAGUGAUGAUUCAGAGGCCACCAGCCUGCCCUCCUCCAUGGCCCAUGCCUCUCUGUCCAAUGACUCCCGCAACUACACCAUGCAAGAAUUUGCCCUGCACUACUUCCGGAAGCCUUCCACUUUGCUGGACCAGAGAGGUGGCAGUGCCCAGGGGAAAGUCAUAACCAGCCUGGUGCAGUACACCAAGUCUCCCAUCCAGGAAUCUCUCAUCAGACUUAGUGAUGAGGACAUGAGCAAGCAGGCUGUGGCGGGCUUCCAGGCUCUGAUGCAAUUUAUGGGGGACAAGUCUAAGCCACGGGGCAAGGAGGAGAUGGACCUGCUCUAUGACCUGCUGAAGCUGUGCAGUAAGGAGGACCUCAGGGAUGAGAUGUACUGCCAGGUCAUCAAGCAGGUCACAGGACACCCCCAGCCGGAGCACUGUGCUCGGGGCUGGAGCUUCCUCAGUCUCCUCUCGGGCUUCUUCCCCCCAUCCACCACGCUCAUGCCCUAUGUGACAAAGUUCCUGCAGGACUCAGGCCCCAGCCAAGAGCUUGCCCGGACCAGCCAGGAGCACCUCCAGCGAACAGUCAAGUAUGGGGGGCGUCAACAGCUGCCCCCCAUGGCUGAAAUGAAGGCUUUCUUGAAAGGGCAUGCAGUCCGCCUUGUUGUGGUCCACCUGCCUGGCGGUGUGAAUUACAGGACAAAUGGCCACAUGUUCACGGUGGCAGGAGAAGUGCUGGAGGAGCUGUGUGGGCAGAUGGGCAUCAGGGACCCCCAGGAGGUGGAAGAAUUUGCCCUCUUUCUCAUCAAAGGGGAAGGUGAGCUGGUUCGUCCCCUGUGGCCCCACGAGUACCUCAACAGAGUGAUGGUGCACCAGGAUGUGAGCCUGCACAGCCGGCGGCUGGGCUGGGAGACCCCACUGCAUUUCAAUCAUCCCACCUACAUCAGCACCCACUAUGGCCAGGUGCUGCGGGACUACCUACAGGGGAAGCUGAUGGCCAGCGCCCAGGCAGAACACCAACUUGCCCGGCUGGCUGCCCUUCAGCACCUUGGGAGGGCCAGCAAGAGCCCCCCCUCAGGGCAGGACCUACUGGCUUAUAUACCAAAGCCUCUACAAUGGCAGGUGAAUAUGGCAACUAUAGAGAGUUUGAUGGGUCAGGAGCUCAGGCAGCUACAAGGACACAGCCCCCAGGAAGCACAGAUCAGCUUCAUUGAGGCCACCAGUCAGCUGCCCCUCUUUGGCUACACUGUGUACAUAGUGCUUCGAGUGAGCAAGCUAGUCCUCCCAGGACCUGCCCUCCUGGGGCUCAACCGCAGGCACCUCAUCCUCAUGGACCCCAGCUCCCAGAAACUGUGCUGCUCCAUAGCCCUGAAGGACCUGCAGCGGCUCCGCCUGCUGAGUCCCCUGGAGGAGGAAGGGCCCCCUGGUCUGGAACUCAACUAUGGCUUGGCCGACAGCCCUCAGACCAUCUGGUUGGAGCUGCCACAGGCCCAGGAGCUACAGAACACCAUCAUCUUCCUGUUGGAUGACAGUAUAUAUUCCACUUAGUGGCCUGGCCUCAACUGAGGGCCUGGGGUUGGACAGAAGAGGCAGCAGCCUCUGCCUGGCCCAGGUCUCUUCCAGAUGGUCCGCCUUACAGGUCAUUCUGGUUUGGACUUCAUUACUUGACUCUGCUCUGGAACCCACCACAGAAUAGCCUGGUUGGCCCAGGUGAAGGCUGAGGCAGGGGACGCCACAGUGACUUCAACUGGGAAUAAAAAUAGCCACACUCCCUCCAGGGUGGGCUUGGGGAAGGGAAGAGCUGUAGGAACUCAGUCCAGGCAUCUGAUGUUGCCCAGCCUGGAGGAGAGGCCCAUGUUGCCACCCAGGCUCAAUGUCAGCAUGAACCUAGGCCUGGAAGAAGCAGCUGCUGAGGAAAUAAAACUCCUGAGGAAAGA